AUGAACAACAUCAAACAAGAACAAGAAAUGUCCUCGUCGGCUGCCGCAUCAUCCUCGCGUGGGCCAUCCGCUCAUGGGCCAGUGCGGGGCAAGGCGAAAGCCAAGGCUUCACUGGAGCAACGACUGAAGCGAAACACCAAAAACGUGCGGAAAAACGUAGAGGUGCGCAACGAUGGAGGCAAAUUACCACCGGGUUGGAUCGAUAAAAUCGAACAGUGUUUCCUCGGCAAGAAGGACCAGCACAACAUAGACGGCACAAGCAGUAGACCACGGCCAGAUGAAGCUCCUUUAGUAGUGUCUUUGGAUGGAGUCAUUCAAAAUGAAGAUGCUCCUGAUCUUCAAGCUGGGGAAGAACUACAAGCGGGUCCUGUUGACAGAAAAAUACGCACAAUUGUCGAAGCGAUAACUAGGGAAAUUGAAGAACGGUUUAAGCUCCCGACGAGCCGAAAGCAAGCCGUGAUGCGAGUGGUGAAACGACUAUCGGCGUCUAGCGACCUCCAGAAAAAACUCCUAUCCUCGGAAGUCCCAGUAUCGUCCGUUUUGCUGGAGGAAAGCAGCCAAGAGGACUCGUCUAGAAUAGAUGGAGAAGAAGGUGCAGGACUAGGUGGAGGUAUUGGUGCCAGCACUGGAACAAGGAAUUCUAAACUCAGUGCUGCUAGUAGUGGGUUAGAUAGCACAGAGAAAACAAUAAUGGAUGAAAAAACGAGAUUAAAAGAUACAGUGCCGUGUCCUGCUUGUGAGAACGGUAGGGCACUUAGAACCUACGGAAAAGUCCCUGCAGGAAAAAUGGCCAGGGAAUACAUCCGUUAUGAAUGUCUAGACUGUGGUAGGGUGACACAAGUUAAUGAAUGACUCCAAGAAGUGGAACGUGGUCUUGGUCACUGUAUACAAGAGGUACGACUUCAUAGUUUCUUCCGAGAAGACAAUCAAUAUCAUCCCCUCAUCAAUUA